AUGAUAGCGCAGCAGCCCAAGCGGUUCCCUGUUCGCACCAGCAGCAGCCACCUCUCUCUCUCCAGGCCGAGUCGUCAGAGGGGAGCAGCGCCGACGCCCAUGGCCGCCGCCGCCGCCGCCGGAACAGGGGCCCAGACCCUCGGCCGGAGCAGCUUCUCGCGCGCCGCCUCUUCGAAGACCGCCUCGUCCUCGUCACCCGUCACCCCCUCCGGCGUCAAGCUCGGCCCCAACGGCGCCGCCUUCGUCUCCUCCGGCAUCCCCGACCUCGACAGGAUCCUGGGCGGCGGCUUCCUCCUCGGCUCGGUCGUGAUGGUCAUGGAGGACUCCGACGCGCCGCACCACCUCCUCCUGCUCCGGGCCUUCAUGGCGCAGGGCGUCGUGCACAAGCAGCCCCUGCUCUUUGCGGCACCUAUGAAGGAGCCCCGCUCGUUCCUCGGCGCACUGCCUGCUCCGGCGGCGUCCUCGAAGGAGGACGCGCGGCAGAGGGCGAUGGGUGGCGGAGCAGCUGGCGAUGGACGAGCAAGUGAUGAGGGUUUGAGGAUAGCUUGGCAGUACAGGAAAUAUUUUGGGGACGAAAGGAAUUCCAGUUCUGAACACAGAGACAGCAAGCAGGAAUUUAGCCAUGAUUUUGAUUUACGGAAGCCCCUGGAACGGCAUUUACUUAAUGCACAGCAUAUUGAAUGUUUGAGCACUAAAGAUGUGGAUACUCUCCAUGAUCUCCAGGAUCGCUGUUCUGCUUUCUUAUCCAAACAUCAAAGAAAAGAGGGUGGAAAUCUUAGUGCAGGACGUAUUGCUAUACAGUCACUCUGUGCACCACAGUGUGGAUAUUUUGGGAAGGACUGGGACAUGGUCUCGUUUCUCAGAUCAGUGAAGGCCAUGGUGCGCUCAUCUAACGCCGUUGCCAUUGUAACAUUUCCAUACACAGUCCUAUCAGAUUCUUUCUGCAAGAGAUGGCAGCACCUAGCAGACACGCUGCUGUCAAUAAAAGCAAUCCCAGAUGAGGACAAGGACUUGGCGAAGCUCCUCACGGGGUAUCAGGACAUGGUUGGUUUUCUGCAUGUUCAUAAGGUGGCACAGACCAACAGCCAGGUUCCUGUGAUAUUAGAGGCGUCCACGUUUUCUCUGAAGCUGCGAAAGAGGAGGUCGCUGGUGCUGGAACGGCUGAACCAGGCCCCGGUGGACGGGUCGAGCGGGCCCUCGUCUGGUGGAUCAGGCAGUUGCUCCUCGUCGACGCAAGGCUCGCAGCUCGAUUUCUAA